UUGCUUUUAAAAUGAAACCUUGUGAUUUUCCACAAAUCAAAAAUGGACGUCUACAUAAUGAAGAGAGAUACAGACCCUACUUUCCAGUAUCUAUAGGCAAGUUGUUCUACUAUCGCUGCAAUGAUGGAUUUUUGGCUCCUUCGAGGAAUUACUUGGGCUACAUUCGAUGCACUGUUCAAGGCUGGGAGCCUGCAGUUCCGUGCCUCAGGCAAUGUGUUUUCCAUGAAGUGGAGAAUGGGGAAUCUCCAUACAGGCAAAUACCAUAUAGUCAGGGCGAGUCUGCAGAAGUCAAGUGUUACCCUGGCUACAGUCUUCCAAAUGGUCAAGACACAGUUACAUGUACAGAGAACGGCUGGUCACCUCAACCCAAAUGCAUCCGUGUCAAGACAUGUUCAAAGAACGAUAUAGAGAUUGAGAAUGGGUUUCUUUCUGAAUCUGAUCAUACAUACGCUCUAAAUAGAAAAACACACUAUAGGUGCAAACAGGGAUAUGUAACAGCAAAUGGAGAAACAUCAGGAACAAUUACCUGCCUCCAAAAUGGAUGGUCAGCUCAACCUUCAUGCAUCAAGUCUUGUGAUAGGCCUAUAUUUGAAAAUGCUGGAACUAAAAAUAAUAGCACAUGGUUUAAACUCAAUGAUAAAUUAGACUAUGAAUGCCAUAUUGUAUAUGAAAACAAGUAUAAACAUACCAAGGGCUCCAUAACAUGUACAUAUGAUGGAUGGUCUGACAUACCUUCAUGCUAUGAAAGAGAAUGCAGCAUCCCCUUACUAUCACCACACUUAUUCGUCAAUCCCAGGAAUGACAAAUAUAAUGUUGGAGAUUUGUUAAAAUUUUCUUGCCAACAAGGACACAGAGUUGGACCAGAUUCAGUGCAAUGCUACCACUUUGGAUGGUCUCCUAGUUUCCCAACAUGUAAAGUAGAUAAAGUAGGACCAUGUGACCAACCUCCUAAACUCCUCAAUGGGGAAGCUAAGGGAACAAAGAAAGAAGAAUAUGGCCAUGAUGAAGUGGUGAAAUAUGAUUGCAAGCCUGGAUUUCUCUUGAAGGGACCCAGUAAGAUCCAGUGUGUUGAUGGGAACUGGACAACAUUGCCGAUGUGUGUUGGUAAUAAAAAUUUAAUACUUAGACUCUGUUUU